AUGCCGCUACAGAGAUGGGAUUCAGAUGAUAGCUCUGAGGGGGAGGUAGCGGGGGGAUUGCAGCGAUACAGCGCAAGGCCUGGAAGUUCAUCUAGUGAUGAUGAGAGCGACAGUGAUCAUAAGGGCGGCACUGGAACUAUAUCACUGUCAGUGACCCGGAUGGAAUCACUCCAUGCUGUCGCCACUGAAAUAGACAAAACCAGCGACAAGGACAUUGCCAACAGGUUGAAGGCCGUCCUCCGAGAUGGCCCAUGUGAAUGCCAGUGCAGAGUUCCAGUGCCUGCACUGAUCCGCAUCAACAGGACCUUUUGGAAUUUGAGCAAAGCGGCGCAAGAUAGCAUCCUUUGGAUAGCUCCAAAGUCUCUUUUGGAGAAAUCCGACCAGCAGCUGCGCGAGGAUCUUCUGAACAAGCUCGUGGACUCCCGUCUCAUGGGGCCGACUGCUCAGUUGUGCUUUGGGCAUGACCCAAAACAACUACCCAUGCGUGAACUGCCUCACGGAUGUUACUGGAACGUCUACAUGAUGUACACGGCGUACUGCCGGAUGAUGGGGGAGGAGCCUGCAGGGAAGAGUUUGUUCUAUAGCACUGUGCGAGCUUGGGACAGCUGCCUGAAGUUCCACAAGAAGACGGACUUCCAGCAGGUCAUCAAGUGGUCGGACAUGCUCCUCUCGCACUACACAGUGCAAUGGAGAGACCGCCAGACCUAUUGGAUGGCGCGUCAGCGUGCAGUGGUGUCAAAGCAGAACUUGGGCGAGCACAUCUUCACUAGCUUCCCAGACCCGGAAAGGCUUUUGGACACAGACCUGAGCUCCGUGCUGAAGGCUGCAGAAGAUGGCUUCAAUUGGCAGCGGAUCAACUUCGUGUUGGAGAUCCGUGGGGAUUCCGUGGAGAAGUUCAUCGCGCAAGCACAAGACCGAACAAAAAAUGCUUUGCACAGCUCCAUGGUUGCUGCCUACAAUGCUUGGGAGGAACAACUAGAGUGCCAUGAAAAGGCAUGGAGCGUGGUCACUUCCUACCUGGACUCCAACUUGCACGUUUUCUGGGCCAAAACAGAGCAGGCUGAAUCGGUUGUGAUUCCACAGAUCACAACAUGGGUGCAGGAGUCUCUUGGGGAUAUCCCGGAAUGCCGGUCUGCAGAUGAUCACAGCAUUGUGGCCUGGCUCUGCCUUCCGACCUGUGGCAUUGUCAGUGCUGCCAAGCACAGCUUCUUCCUGACCUUCAUCGCCAACUUUCUUGCACAGCAUCGCCGGAAUGGCCUUGUUCUCAUUUUCCAUGCCAACCGAGAUGCUGCUGAAGAUGCCGAUGUCCGAGAUGUGAGGACAGAUCUGGCGCAGAAAGACCGAAACCUCAGCGUGCGGAGUGUCACAUGGAUCUUUGCUCCAGAGGAGGUCUCCGAUGGCAAACGCAUGCUUUGCGGGACCGUGGUGUUGGAUGCAUCCGAUCAAAUCACCCAGCGAGUUGCAAACACCCUCUAUGACAAAUGCCGGUCCAAAGCUUUGAGUUUGCCCCAGUUCCCUGACUUUCAACCUCUGUUGCAAGCCCUGAAGCAGGGUGACUCUGCAUCAGUGAGCCGCCAAUACAAUGUUUGUGUUCAAGCCCAAGACCGGUUGGUGAUUUUGGAGAGCUUCGCAUCCAAGUUUGUGAACAGCGAAAUCACGAAGGAUAAGUGUGAACAGGCCAUCACCAACCACAAUGAGAAGUACAACACUGGUGGAGAGUACUGGGCCCAAGAGACGAGGUCAGGCGAGUCUGCGCCAGAGCCUCCUACAAAGAAGAUCAAGAUUGAGCCCACAGACAUGUUCAAGGAGUCUGAUGUGUCAAGCUUGCAGCAUCCGCAUAAGUUGUCCAUCAACAAUGCUGCAGAGCUCCUGACGGAUGGCACUGGUGAGCUACUGUACUUGAUUUCCCGAGGGAAGAACACCUUCAACCAACAUCGCGAGCUGUUUUCCUUUGGAUCAGGUGAGUGGCGUGAAGCCUCUGAAGCAGACGAGGUCAUGCAGGACACUUCUGGCCGGUGGUACCCCUUUGUGGUUUCCACAGAGACUCUGCUUUGCUUAGAGAAGCAAGGGCUUCCUGAGCACUUGCAGCAGCUGCCAAGCAUUGAAUCCCCAGUGGCUGUGAGCUCCCUUUUGGCUGAAAUGGAGGACAGCGGCGAGGCAUCCGGGAUCUGUGAGAAGGGGUUCUAUUGUGGCCCACCUUUUUGA